CCUCAGUACAUCUGAAAACAUGACUUGUUCUGUAAAGGACUUUUAGCUGCCUCCAGAGUGACGACAAGCUCCGACUCCUCCAAGUGCGUAAAGGCUCUCUGUUCCAGGCAAUCAAUGAGGACCGCGACUUCUGGAGCUCCCUGUCCCUCUGUCUCUCUUGCGCCUUUCCAGACAUCCCAGUCCAUUUCAACUUUUUUGCACACAGACUGAGGGAAGUUUUGUUGUUUGUUUUGGAUUUUAUUUGGAACACAUUUUGCUUUUCUGUAAUAAAUAUGAGUGGCCGGUUUGCUGUCACUUUUCUUUGGGAUUCCACAAUCUGUGUGCCAUUCCUAAUGCUUUUCCACGGGUAGGAUAAAAAAAAAAGGAGAACGAGGUGUAACGAGAGCUUUGGUGGACAACUGUGGAUUUUCUGCGGGUUACUCGUUCCCGUCCAAAGAGGAUGAGGGGGGCAUCGGCCGGACCCCCCUCUUGAUUGAUUACUUAUUAGUCAUCCCUUUGGCUAAAUGGGACCCAUUGAAAAGGCACCGUGGAACACACACAUGAAUGAAAUAUUCCCGUGUCCCAUGAAUGUCUCCAGAGUAGUUUUGCUUAAGCGAGGGGGUCGUGGCUUAGCAUUAUAAAGAGGGGAAAACAGCGUAGCUUAUGGGUUUAUUUAGACAGUUUUGACAUUCUAACGCUGUAAAAAAAGAACUCAAGAGGAUCCAAAAAGAGAGGAACACUGUGGACAUUUUUUAACUUAUUCGUUUCUUCUUUUAUUUUUCUUCCCCUCUUAUUUUUUUUUUUAAUUUUUUCCCCCCUCAUCAUUUGCCGAAAAAUGAAACUUUGGCCAUCACCCUGGGUGUCUUGCCUUGUGAUUUUCAUCUUGUGUUUUGGAUCAGAGUGCGGGACAGUCCGGAGAAAGGGAAGAUCCAAGAGGGAGUUGGUGCGCAUCAGGGAGGCGAGAGCCAUCAUCCCAGGGGCUUGUGCCACUCGUCUGCCCCGGGGCAAACGCUCCUUGGCCGGCUUAGAGCGGCGGGUGCCCCGCCAGCACCGGCGCUCGUCACACGCGGAGGAAAACUCUUCAGACCGCGGGAAAGCUGUCUAUUUUACCGGCAGGGGAGAUCAGUUACGGCUAAAGCCCGGUGUGGAGAUUCCCAGAGGAAAUUUCACUCUGGAGAUGUGGAUCAAACCAGAGGGAGGUCAACGAUCACCCACGGUGAUUGCAGGUCUGUACGACAAAUGCUUCUAUGCUUCCUGUGACCGAGGCUGGCUGCUUGGCAUCCAGGCCGUUAGUGAACAAGGAAACCGCGACCCUCGCUUCUUCUUCUCCCUUAAAACUGACCGCGCCCACAAAGCAACCACCAUCCACUCGAAUGUUCGUUACACACCCAACCAGUGGGCACAUUUGGCAAUCACGUACGAUGGUGUCUACAUGAAGCUCUUCGUCAACGGAGCCCAAGUUGCUGUCAGUCGGGAGCAGUCAGGAGAUGUCUUCAGUCAUUUGACUAAAAAGUGCAAAGUUCUGAUGAUCGGUGGGAAUGCACUGAAUCAUAAUUACAGGGGUGCAGUGGAGAGGGUGGAUCUGUGGAGGCAGGUGCGAGGUCAGAGAGAUAUUAUCAGGGACAUGCAGGGCCGCGAUAGCCCCGAAGAUCUACCUCAGCUUGUCAUCCGUGAAACGUUUGAGCACCCUGGCCGCAAGUGGCUAACUGUAAAAGAUGGUAGUUUCCCUCAGCCUGAGAAAGAUAUGGGUGGACGGCAAGGCUUUUUGGUUGGUGACAGAGUUGGAACUGCUGAGGGAAUUCUGGACACAACUUUGGAGCCUCCAAGUUGUGGCCAAACUGUGUGUGACAACCUUGAAGUCAUUAAACACUACAACCAUCUCUGGACGUUCCGCCGGCCGAAGAAAGUGAGAUAUCGUGUCAUUAAUAUCUGGGACGAUGCAAGAAAAAGGCCAACUGUUUCAGAUCACCAGAUAAUUCUGCAACACCAGCAUCUUAAUGAAGCGUUUAGCCUCUACAAUAUUACCUGGGAGCUCAGCAUUUAUAAUGUGAGCAAUUCCUCCCUGCGCAACCGCUUGAUACUCGCCAACUGUGACAUCAGCAAGGUUGGUGAUGACCACUGCGAUCCAGAAUGCAACCAUCCUCUGACAGGCUUUGAUUCCGGUGACUGCAUGUCCGGGCACUGGAGCCGCUGCCCUGAAAGCAAGCAGGGCAAUGGCAUAUGUGACCCAGAAUGUAACUGGGAGAACUUCUUUUACGACCUUGGUGAUUGCUGCAACCCCAAUGUGACAGAUGUGACCAAGACGUGCUUCAACCGCUCCUCUCCACACAGAGCCUAUCUGGAUGUGAAGGAGCUGAAAGACAUUCUCCAGCUGGAUGGUUCAACUCACCUGAAUGUUUUCUUUGGCAAUUCUUCUGAUGAAGACUUGGCGGGAGUCGCCACUUGGCCCUGGGACAAAGAAGCCCUCACACAUUUGGGUGGAAUCGUGCUGAAUCCUUCCUUUUACGGAACGUUUGGUCACACGGACACCAUGGUCCAUGAGAUCGGGCAUAGCCUUGGUCUGUACCACGUGUUCCGAGGCAUAUCUGAGAUCGAUUCUUGCAAUGAUGCAUGUUUGGAAACUGAGCCCUCAAUGGAAACUGGAGACUUGUGUGCUGACACCAACCCCACCACCAAAUACAAAGGCUGUGGGGAUCCUGACCCAGGCAACGAGACUUGCGGAUGUCGACAUUUCACACACACACCAUUUAAUAACUACAUGAGUUAUGCAGACGAUUCUUGCACAGACUCAUUCACCCUGAACCAAGUUGCCAGGAUGCACUGCUACCUGGAUCUGGUUUACCAGACAUGGCAACCUACUGCCAGACCCCCUCCAGUACCGAUGCCACCCCAAGUAGUUCAGCAGCACCACAACUCCAUCACCCUGGAAUGGUUUCCACCGCUGUCUGGACAUUUUUACGACAGAGAAUUGGGAUCAGUGUGUGAUAAAUGUACUGAGGGGAGAGUUCUACUGCAGUAUGCCUCAAACUCAUCUUCUCCAAGACCAUGCUCCCCUUCUGGACACUGGUCCCCCCGAGAGGCUGAAGGCCCUCCAGAUGUGGAGCAGGCAUGUGAGGCAAGCGUGCGUACGUGGAGCCCGAAUGGAGGGAAUGAGCAAAGUGUUGUUGGGCCGUCCGAGUGCCCUGUCCAGGGCUGCAUGCUUCAGUUGGAGUUCCUCUACCCUUUGGUGCCCGACUCUUUGACCGUGUGGGUCACAUUUUUUAGUCCAGAAGAAACAACGUUGCCGGCAAUCCACAACAUCUUGCUAUUGACUGUCAGUGGCAGAAACAUCUCAUUGGGCCCCAGCAAUGUUUUCUGUGACACUCCACUGACGCUGAAGCUGGAUGUUCAAGAGGAGGUGUAUGGGGUACAGUUCUACACAAUGGAGCAAAACUUGGAGAUCGAUGCUACUCUCUUGACCUCCAAGCGAGACUGCAAACUGUGCAGGCAUUGCCAACUGCUUCGCUAUCGCCUGCUGCGGCAUCCGGCCUUCACCCAUGCUCCACGUGGCCUGAUACUGAUCGAACCCAUCCGCCGAUACACAGACAGGGAUGUGGUCCCACACGUUAAAUAUACGUACCAGAUCCAAACAGUCUCGAGCGUGGGUGAAAGCGAGCCCUCUCCACCUCUGAUGCACGAACUUGGGGAACCCUACUGUGGGGACGGACGUGUUCAAAGCUCCAGAGGAGAGGAGUGUGACGAUAUGAACUUGAUGAAUGGAGAUGGUUGUUCCAGUCAGUGCAAAAAGGAGCCCUUCUUCAACUGCAUUGAGGAGCCAAGCAUGUGCUACUACUACGAUGGGGACGGGGUGUGUGAGGACUUUGAACGUGAGACAGGUGUGAGAGACUGCGGCCUGUACACACCCAGCGGUUUCUUGGAUCAGUGGGCUUCCUCUGUUGACGUUUCCCAUGAAGCAAAGCCCUACUGCUCCGGUGAGGUGGCUAGUGGGUAUCCUGCUGUUACUAAGACAUGCCGGUCCAAAGUCUUUGACCUGUCUUAUGGAGUGUCCCAGUAUGCAUGGUUCCCCUGCGAACAGGCUGGCCCAAGAUGGGGAUACUCUACUUAUUGGUUAAAGGCCCAUUUUUCCCAUCCCAUGGUGGCAGCAGCCGUAAUUAUCCAUCUGGCAGCUGACGGAACUGAGCUGACUGAUCAGACCCAGUGCAAUAUCACUGUUCAUUUGGUGGACACCAAGGAGGGGAUCCAUAAUCUAGGUGAGUGGCGUCUGAGCUGCCGCACAAACCCUUUGGUGAUCCCCGUGAGCCAUGACCUGUCAGUGGCCUUUUACCACACCAAGGCUAUCAUGGUCAUGUUUUCCUCUCGCUAUGUGGCUAUCUCUGGCGUGGGUCUGCGAUCCUUUCAGUCCUUUGAUCCCAUCACAAUAAGUGGGUGCCAGAGUAAUGAGAUCUACAACCCCACAGGACAGAGUUGCGUACAUUAUUCGUGCGAAGCCAUUGACUGCCAGGAACCAUUAAUCCGCAAUGCAGAGCUAAAGUGCAGUAGCCCUGGCCGCCACUUCAACAACGGAGACCGCUGUACCAUCUCCUGCAACUCUGGAUACGUCCUGCAAGUCCACCAGGAUGACGACAUCGUCAAGAGCCAGUUGGAUUCUUCAGUGACUAUAACCUGUGCAAAUGGGAAGUGGAACAAGCAGGUGUCGUGUGAGCCUGUGGACUGCGGUCUGCCAGACAAAUAUCACGUGUAUCCUGCCCAUUUCAGCUUCCCUGAGGGCACUACCUACGGAAAGAAGAGCACUUUUCAGUGUCGAGAACCUGCACAGCUUCUAGGCACAAACAACACUCUUACCUGCCUAGAGGAUGGUUUAUGGUCCUUUCCAGAGGCUCUUUGUGAGCUUCGGUGCCCUGCCCCUCCCCCUGUGCCUAAUGCAGUGCUCCAGACCAAGCGUUGCAAUGACACAGGCCUUAAAGUUGGCACUCUUUGCAAGUACAAGUGCAAGCCAGGCUAUCACGUCGCUAAAAAACCCAAGAGACGGGCAUUUAAGCGUCAGUGCACCGAAGAUGGCAGCUGGCUGGAGGGAGCAUGUGAGCCGGUGACCUGUGAUCCUCCACCAGCCAUUUUCCACGGCUCCUAUUACUGCACUGACGGCUUCCGCUUUGACAGCGUCUGCAGACUGAACUGUUCUGAUCCUGCGGGUAAUACUGCUCUCGCGGCUAAAGGAGGCUCUGCCCAUACGGUGAGGCUGCUGCACGCUCAAUGCAAGCAGGGUGGAGGGUCCAAUGCAAUCCGCUGUAGGAAGGAUGGCAACUGGACAGGGUCAUUCCGACUGUGUUCAAACAGCAGGGGCCAGUGCUCUUUACCUCAGAACCUCCAUCAUAGUCUGCAGUACACAUGCAAGCGGGGACACAGCAUAGGGGAGGAGUGCGAGCUGACAUGCAGGGAGGUUAACAAUGCAGUGGUGAUUCUCCCAAGCAACAUGACGGCUGAGAGUGUCCUGAAGGAGCACUGGAGGAAACCGCAGAAAGUCAAAAGUAUACUUUGUACAAUGGGCCGGAAAUGGUACCCACCUCCAGAGUUGCUCCACUGCAUCAAAGGAUGUGAGCCGUUCAUUGGAGACAACUACUGUGAUCCUUUCAACAACAGAGCCUUCUGCAGCUAUGAUGGAGGAGACUGCUGCCAAUCCACUGUCAAGACCAAGAAGGUGAUUCCAUUUCCAAUAUCCUGUGACACACGAAACGAGUGCUCCUGUCGGGAUCCCAACGCGAUAGAAAACCGGAAAGAGGAGAAUGUCAACUCUCUGGGAUGAUCAGCCUGAGUUAAGGCCUCCGUUCAACAACCCAGGACCAUGGCGCCAACACAACACAGCCCGAGUGGUCAAAGCAGACACCCUCCCCUCCCUCUCCUUCAUAGUCCAUUUGGCCGACAGCAUCCUGCACACGCUGCUUCAUGGCUUACCUCUCCAUCAAUACUGCAACUCCAGUCCUCUGAACCGCUUCCACUUUCACAAAAAAAAAAAAAAGGAAAAAUCAUUUUGAGAAGAGGAUGUUACUCAUAAGACUCCACGGAAAAACAUUGUUCUCAGCUAGAUGGAAAGUAGCCCUUGCAGCACUAUUCUUUAAUCACAUAAAAAAAUAAAAAAGAUAACAUGAAACAGACAUUUUUGGAACUUUAAAAAACAAACAAAAAAAUUGUAACCAAGCCUAGAUAGUUUCCCUUUUUGUCAAGUUCUGUGCCAGCUUUAGUGUCUGCUUUAGUUACCUCACUCUACAGUCACAUGACUGAACCAAAGGUCAAUUCCAAACAUGCAAGGUGGGUUUGUGUGGAAGCAGGUGCUGAUUUUUUGGUUUUUCUUUUUUUGAAAAUAUGAAGGAAAUGAUGGUAAAAAUGUUCAUUUUUACAUGUUGAAGGCAAGUUCAGCACCUUUUUUAGUGGAGCUGGGAUCUAUGUUUAUAAAAAAUGUUUUUGAAAUAGACAAUAGAUACGGUAUUUCCUUUUAGUAAUGUGUGUUUAUUCAAAUGGGUGUCAGAGAUUAAAAAGUGGCUCAGAUGGGAAUGAGACAGCCAUAUUGGUAGUUUCUUAAAUCGCAGAUUCAAUUCAAGAAGCCGAAAGGAAAUUCCCGCCUAGGUCCUAAA